GAAAUCAAACGUUCGAUUCACGCUCACGAGGAAAGAUGUAUCAAUAUACCUUGUUACUUGUAGCUAUCGUAACUUUUGCUAUUUUCAAGUUCUUCCAAUACGGCGGAUGCAAAAAGUUGUGCUCAUCUGGGAAAAGUGUUGUGGUAACUGGCUGCGAUUCGGGAAUAGGACUAUCUCUGGCCAUCACCGCGCAUAAAUUAGGUUUUCAUGUCUUUGCCACUUGUCUGGACAACAACGGAUAUGGAGCUAACUACAUGCGAGAAAAUUUUCCGGACAUUGUCGUCGUUCCCAUGGAUGUUACCAACCCUGCAGAUAUUCAAAAUACCCUGAAAGUAGUCAAAGAUCAUCUGGAAAAGACUAAAACAAUUCUCUGGGCCUUGAUCAAUAAUGCAGGUGUCUUAGUCUAUGGACACUUUGACUGGCAAUUAGAUUAUCAAGCAGAAUCACAAGUGCAAGUUAAUUUCUUGGGUGUUUUGCGAGUAACAAAGGCAUUUCUGCCUCUUAUACGACAAGCUAAAGGUAGGGUCAUCAACAUAACAAGUGCCAAUGGCAACUGGUGCUUGCCCGGACUAUCUGUCUAUUGCGGCACGAAACAUGCCUUAGAUGGGUUUUCAAACUCACUUCGAAUGGAGAUGAGACCUUGGAACGUCAAAGUCAUACUUAUUAAUCCAGGAAACCUUCCUGGAAGUACUAGGAUUUUGGCUGCCCAAAGCAAACACGCAAAGGCCAUGCAAGAGAAUUUUAGCGAAGAAGAUAAUCAAGCCUACGGGGAAUAUUUCGAUCUUUUUCAAAAGCACUUGCAAACUAACUUUUGUGCUACAAAUCUUAAUCAGGAUCAGCCGCUGAACGACCUGAAACUGAACAAAAUGCUCGAAUCUUCACUUUUGAUGGAAAGCCCCCGUCCAUUCUACUCGAACAUAAAUUUUGGUUUUCGAAUGUUUAUGCUCGUAACCAAACUCGUACCGACAUAUUAUGGUGACCGGAUGAUUUUGCAGAUGUGGGGUGAUCAUGUCGGGUACAACCUGGAUAGAGACUUGUCUAUGUAAAUUUAAAUUGAUUAGAUUCCUAGAUUAGCUUAGUCACGAUAAAAAUAUAAAAUUUUUUUGUCAAA